AUGCGACUCAUUGUUGCUUUCUUAGGUCAGUUGCCCCGGAAAUUUUCAAUCUAUCUCUUUGUUAAAAAUCCGUACUUGCUUCAAUUUAUCCGUUAUUAUUGGUAGCAUUAAGUGGAUUUACGAAAACAGUGAAGAAAAUCCAAUUAAUAUUCAGUCUGCGAGCGUUUUAUAUGCAGAUUUCAUUUCUCUUUUAAAGUGUACUUCAAAUUAUAAACUCGGUUCUUUUAAUCGUUUCAAAUAAAUAAAUCAUAUUUAAACUUCAGUCAGGAAAAAAGAAUGCGUUUUCAGUCGCUAUAAUAUGCACAAAAGCGGUUUCGUCGAGAGAUCCGAAUCUUUGCGACGCCAAGCGAAUUUAUCAAUGUGAUGAUUUCGCAACGUGCUGCCAAUACAAAGAUGGGAGUGAGGGUGAGUUUGGAUGUCUAUAAAAAAUCUAUUUCCAAAUUAGGUUACCCCACCUUUUUAUGUUGAAAUUCAGAAAACUACGUAUUUCGAAACGUUCUUUAAAGAGUUUUGAGCUAUUAGUUAUCGAAAUCCCGUCAAUUUUAUUCCUGCCUUUCUGCGGCCUUUUUUGAGCCUCUCCCUUUUAGCAGCCAUUAUCCACCAUUCCGACUUUGCCCGAGGGAUUAUGUUUCAGUUACUUUCAACUAAAUAUCUCAGUAUACGCCAAAAACCUAGCGAAAUUGGAGUUUUCUUUUCGAUUUCAUAAAACUCCAGUAGAUUCAAAGAAACGAUCGUUAUUAAAGACGCGAGACUUAGGAACGCAGUGUUCCAGAGUGUUGCCUAUAGUGGAUAGAGGAAAAACAGCCCUUAUAGUUCAUUAUCGUACACCUAAGCUCAAGUAGUCCCUAAAGGGUUUUUUAAUUUUUUGUUGUUCUGAUUUGAAAAAAAGUGUUGGUCCCUAGAGCUGAACCUUAAGGACCCCUAAAAAAGCCGCUCCUCAGAAUAUCUCUGCGCACUCUCUCGGUGGCGCUAUUAUGUUUCUCUGGCCUCGCCAGUGUGAGAAAAGAGACACAGUUACAUUAUGACUGUUCUUUUGACGUGAAAAAAUAAAAUUAGAAUUCUGAGUAUUCUGUAAAAUAGUUAGUCGAGAGAUCUCGUAGAACCUUGAAUCUUUAAGGAUGCUGUCCUUUCACGGCGGCGACUUGCUGCCCGCAGUUUUCCUCGUGUUGUCCGUCAGGCUUCGAAUGUUCUCCCGACGGCUGCCUUCGAAUCAGUCCAAAUAAUCCUAUGUGA